AUGGAGAACGCGAGCUAUGCCAAGGUCCGGCUGGAGUCAGCUCCCUACAGCACCAGAUUCGGCAUUGGAAUUUUGAGUGCGGUCUAUGUGAUCGGCCUCUUGGCCUGUCUAAUCGUGGGCACCAUCAAAGGCCCAAACGUAUUUGAAAAGUCACCUCCUGCCGCCGUCGAGACAAACUCUCUCAAUGUGACCUGGUACGGGAAGAUUGACGGGAUGGAGCGAUGGCAUCAGGUUCUUUACUUGCACAUGCGUCUGAACAAGCCCGACAUGAUUUCGGGAGCGGUGUCAUACGAACAGCGGUACUCAGUAUCGUCGUGGGCAUCAGAGGAACCUGUAGAUGAUAUCGCGUGUCCGGACGGGUGCACAUCCGAGUGUAACGUGGGUGGCCAGUGUGUGGAGCUAGCCCAGGGGAUCGUCACAGAUCGCGUGAUUCAGUGUCCUUCCAACGAGCAGUGGUGCGGAUGGACCACGCUCCUCACGGAAGAGUUCGUCGAGUUUGGGACGUACUACAUGCAGGUGGAUAUGCAGGAGCCCCAACUUUUCUCGAAUGCACCAGAAUUCACCCUGGACUUUGAGAUCGUGUACAUCACGAAGGAGUUCACGACGUAUCAGAUGUAUUGGCACUACGGCUGGAUUGUGAUCACGCUGGUGUUCAUGUUUGUACCCAAGAUUGGCUUCUUCUACGAGAUGAUGCAGCUGCACCAGAACUUCUGGUCUAGACAACAGGCGCGCGUGGGGGUGCUGCUGCUAUCGCUCCUGUUCUUUAACAACGUCUUCUUUGGAUUCCAAAUAUUUUCUCCUUUCCCUCGCUUCUUCUUCAGUUUGUACAUUGUUUUUGUGGCGACAUUCCUGGCCCUCAUGCUGUUCUUCUGGCUCGAGCUGUUCGGAGACCUUGCUGCAGGGAACAUGCAGGGGACCGACACGGCUCUGGAAUGGGAACGCAACCGUAAGAAGACUGUACUGGAGUACCUGCCGAAGUUGGUUCUGGUUGGUCUCAUCUGGAUCGUUACGGUGCUGACUUACAUCUACGUGCGAGUGCAGCAAACGGGGGACCCGUCCUACAGCACCUUCGACGACCUUUCCACCUACACGGGUGUCAAGGUGGUUGGACUACUGCUUGCCACACUGUACUUCUUGUGGCUGGGAAGCCUCGUCUUCAGGAGCUUCACCCACAUCGAGUCAAUGAACUCAGAAUACAUUUUCAUCAUGGUCAUCACCCUGGUUACCAUCGUCGGCACCAUGUCAGCUGUAUACACUGGAGCCCUCGCACCGGACCAGCACGGAUCUAAGGUGUUCGCUUACUUUUACGGGAUGUUCAACAUUUACGUCCUCCUUCUGGCGUUUUGCUACACUCCGGCGGGAUCCAUCUACGGGGACAUCAACACCAAUGACAACCUGGAGAUGGUGGCAGAAACGGGGACUGUUCCUUCAGCUGGGGAUGACACCGCUUUUACCAUCGUCGAAAGCAACAACCAGCACACGAUGCUUUGAGAACGUUCGAGUUUUAAUUCGGAGCGGGGGAAGUUUUAGUUCUUCCUUUCCUGUAUGUAUAGUUUUCAAUUUGAGUACACAGGCUACCCUCGGUUGAAGAGACCCACGUGGCGGUAGUCUCUACACCUACUACAGGAGGGCUGGCAGUUCACUUUCUUGAGAUUUGGCAAGGAAGGUCCCAGACGAGAGUGCAACCGGAGGGGAGAGGGAAGGGAGGACCGAAGGCGUCCCAUUCACACCGCCGCAGGUGUCGCUGAAAGAAAAAAGGGUCGUAUCCAUAGUCGAAUUUCCUGCUGUUCAACCAUCAACAAGGUAUUCCGCCCAGAUCGUAUCUUGCGACUUUUGUAUGCGCGACAAUGGUCACAUCACGUGACACCUUCACAAAAUGACGGAUUGUGUUCCAUUCCAAUCUUGUGUGAGCAGAGAGCACAAGUAGCGAGAUGAAUUUUUGCGUACGCACAAAUCUCUGGGACAACGUUUUGCAACCUUUUAUGCCAUGGGCCGCAAUGGUUUUUUGCCAUUAACCCUUCGGGUCUAGCUCUUCUUUUUUUCGGCAAAAAAAAAAAGGAGGAAAGAGUGCGGGGAGAGAGACAGAAGUACAGCAGAAAGAGACGAGUGCACUUC